ACAAAUCAGAUGGAGGAUAGGACCCGAUGUCGAUCAGGAUAGCCUCGCAGACGGCAGUUGAUUGAAUAGUUCUUUUGAUGAAGAGAAGAGCCUCUAACUUGGUGUCGCAGGUACCUAUAACUGCGACAGUGGGUGGCAUUGUUAAAGCAGAUCAGGUCUGGGAGACCUUGGCCCAACACGUUUGACGAUAUGGAGCCUGGGCCUUGCCUCGGAUUAUGUCAUACAUGUGGAUGCGAGACGGAGCUCGUGGAAAAAGUGCGGGGCACUAUUCUCGUCAGAGGUCCACAACUUGAAUGACGGAGAAAGUGACCUCGAAGCGACAGCAAGUGCUGGAGCGGCUGAGAGAUAACAUCAGCCGAGGGGUGGCGAUUGUGGGCGGAGGUGCAGGGGUUGGGCUCAGUGCAAAGAUACAAGAGGCGGGGGGAAUUGACCUCAUCAUCCUAUACAACUCGGGUCGUUAUCGGAUGGCUGGUAGAGGAUCCUUGGCGGGUCUGAUGCCUUACGGCGACGCGAAUGCCAUCAUGCUUGAAAUGGCCCGUGAAACUCUGACUAUCGUGAAAGAUACAGCGGUCUUAGCGGGGAUAUGCGGAACAGAUCCAUUUCGGGAUAUGUCACAGCUCCUGAAGGAGGUCAAAGACUUGGGCUUUACCGGAGUUCAAAACUUCCCUACAGUUGGCCUCAUUGACGGUGUAUUUCGACAGAACCUGGAGGAAACAGGAAUGAGCUAUGAGAAGGAAGUUGAAAUGAUCCGAAUGGCACACGAAUUCGAUCUGCUGACAACACCAUAUGUCUUCAACGUCGACGAGGCCGAACGAAUGGUGAGGGCGGGAGCUGAUGUCAUCGUAGCUCACAUGGGCCUCACGACGAGCGGUACGAUUGGUGCCAAAACUGCGUUGACCCUCGAUGAUUGUGUGGUCCGGGUUAAGAGGAUUCUGGAUGCAGCUGUGCAAAUCAGACCAGAAAUCCUAGUUCUUUGCCAUGGCGGUCCCAUUGCCACCCCAUCAGACGCAAAAUAUGUCAUUGAAAGGGUUCCGGGCAUUCAUGGUUUCUUUGGUGCUAGUUCGCUCGAGCGGCUGCCAGUCGAAUCUGCUAUGAAAGAGGUUGCACAAGAAUUUAAAGCAAUCCGUCUGCCUGCCCGCCUGUAAAAUACACAACGAGCGUAUGAUAUGCGCCAUAUACCGUUGUCAACCUAUGAUUGAGGUGGCUGUUGACAGGGGAUAUAAGCUGGUAGUUGGUACCUGCGACACUACCGUACUGAUAGCACGAGUUCAGACAGCUGAAAAACGAUCCAGUGUAUAUCAGAUAUACCAUGGUCAUAAAUGCAGAUUGACAGACCAAUAUACUUAUAACCACUGAAAUCGAAUCAGGGCCAAGUUCAGUAGUGGCUACUUAUAGAGACGCGACUUGUAGAAUCAACAAGG